CCCAUGCCUUGCAGGUGCUCACGGGACGCCGGCGACUGCUGUGCACUGAGGCCGGAGCGGAGACAUGAGUGGGAGCGCGAGCCAGCGCGCCGCCGUCCUGGGGGUCCUCUUUGCCCUGAUCAUGUUGCUGAUCAUCUACAGCUCCGGCAGCGGGAGCGAGGUCUUCACCUACAGCCGCCUGCGGGGCAGAGCCCGCCGGCCCCCCGACCUCAAGAAGUGGGGGGUGAAAAGCGGGUACCUGCCCGUCUGCGGGAACAAGACCCUGACUGCCCGCUGCCACCAGUGCGUCGUCGUCACCAGCUCCAGCCACCUCCUGGGCACCCGCCUGGGCACGGCCAUCGAUGGGGCCGAAUGCACCAUCCGCAUGAACGAUGCUCCCACCACCGGCUACGAGGCUGAUGUGGGCAACAAGACCAGCUUCCGCGUGGUGGCCCACUCCAGCCUCUACCGUGUCCUCAAGCGGCCCCAGGAGUUCGUCAACAAGACCCCCGAGACCAUCUUCAUCUUCUGGGGGCCACCCGCCAAGAUGCAGAAGAGCCUCCUGAAGAUCAUCCAACGCGUCAGCGCCUCCUUCCCCAACAUGACGGCCUACGUCGUCUCCCCCGGCCGCAUGAAGCAGUUUGAUGACCUUUUUCGGGGGGAGACUGGGAAGGACAGGGAGAAGUCACGCUCAUGGCUCAGCACCGGCUGGUUCACCAUGGUGAUCGCGGUGGAGCUGUGCGACGCCGUCCACGUCUACGGCAUGGUGCCACCCAACUACUGCGGCCACCGGCCCCCACCCCGCCGCCUGCCCUACCACUACUACGAGCCGAAGGGCCCCGACGAGUGCACGACCUACAUCCACAACGAGCGGAGCCGCAAGGGCAACCACCAUCGCUUCAUCACCGAGAAACGGGUCUUCGCCAGCUGGGCCGGCCUCUACAACAUCACCUUCUCCCACCCCACCUGGCCCUAGGGGUGUCCCCCCCUCUCUGGGCAGACCCCCCCUGGAGCUGGGAUGGAUGGGGGCUCCCCUGCAUCCAACCCCAGCAGUGGGGAGCAGCGGAUGCCUCCUGUGGGGCCACCACCAUUGUGCACAGUGGCUCCUCGCCCCUGGGAUGUGAUGGGUUUUGAGCUGGUUUUUGGGGGGCCAGGUGGUGAGUGCAGUGGUUGGGGUGUCCCCCACAACCUCCAUGGGUGGGAGCCGUGGGGGUGGGACCCUUCCUGAUGCUGGUCCAGGCACGUUGCAGCCCCUUCAAGCACAUGGAGGGGGGACUGCUGAGUCCCCUCAGCUCAGUUUGGGGUUGCAUCACUUUUGGGGCCACCACAGAGACUCUCUCCCCCAACCUCCUGGGUGGGGGGGGACCCUCUUUUGGGGCUCAGCCUCCCACCCCUCAGCCAUCUCCAUCACCCCAAUCCCAAUCCACGGGCAUCCUUCCCUCAGCAGAACCCCACAGUUUUCGGUGGGAGCCCAUAGGGGUGUCACUGCCACCCCACAGCCACCUUCCUGUCACCGCUGCGCCCCACACCCACACUGCCAAAACCUUUUCUAAACGAGCGAUGGGAUUUUUGGGGGGGCUUUUGGGGGCUUUUUUUAUUUUCUCCCUCCCUGCUUCUGGUCCCGGGGUUUGUAUUCGAGUUUCUCUCCAAGUGUGCCUGGCCCGAGGAGCGAGCAGGGGCUGCCGGAUGCUCGUUAGCGGUAACGAAGGGGCCAGCAGCAGCCUGCGGCUGGGUCCUCAU